CAACUCGUGCACAAAGUUCAUCACGCCAAAUUACAAGGACCCUUAGGCAGCGCACUACUGCCAUUUGUCGAACUUGGACCCACAAACAACUGGCUUGAUAGCGCAGACAUAACCUUGAAGGCAUCAAUAGCAGAAAGAAUCAAGCCAUGGACGUCGCGGAGCACGAGCUGCAGGGGCUCUACACCUGGGUCGACGAAAUUCCCUUGUCGCGUCCGAAGCGGAACAUUGCUCGCGACUUUAGCGAUGGAGUGCUCAUGGCGGAGGUCGUGCACCACUUCUACCCGAAGCUGGUGGAGCUGCACAACUACAGCUCUGCUAACGGCCUGCAACAAAAGAUGUACAACUGGAAUACGCUGAACGCCAAGGUGUUUAAGCGGUUAGGCUUCAUGGCCACGAAGCAGGACUGCGAGGCCUGUUGCAAUUGCAAACCGGGGGCAGUGGAGCGGGUGCUGAAGCUCAUCAAGGUCAAAAUCGCCAAGUACAAGGAGGAGCACGGGGACGCCAGCCCCGGUGUCGCCGCGCAGGCGUCGGACCCCAUGCUCACCUACCAGCAGCAGAUGGUGCCGCAGCAGCAGCAGCAGCAAAUGCCCGUGCUGCAGCAACACCCUAUGAUGAUGGCGCGGCCUGCACCAGGACCGGCUCCGGGCGUGGUGGGUGCGGCCAUGCCCAUGGGCGUGAUGGCGCCGCUGUCGGCCAAGAUGAACGCCGCCAUUGCGCCGGAGAUCAUCGCAGAGAAGGACGCCGUCAUUGCGGAGCUGCGGGAAACCAACCAGAUCCUGGAGACCAAGGUCCGCAAGCUGGAGCAGCUGGUGCGGCUGAAGGACGCCAAAAUCCAGACGCUCAUGGCCAAGCUGCAGGCGGCGGGCAUAGCCUAAGGCCGCGGCGGUGGCGCUGCACGGAACUGGCACGGCUGCGCGCAGCUGGGUGUGGCUGGGCAGCUGGAUGCUACUUUUGGAGUCGGAAGCGUGGGAUGGAGGGUGUGGUGGAUGGGUGAGUGACAGUUAUACCGGCAACGGGUCUAGCAGUACUGCAUUUAUAAAGAUACUGCCCGAUGAUGAGGAAUGCGCCAACCUAGGGGCGUUCUAGGGCACGCCUGUUGCAUGCUAUCUUGUCGACUUUUAGGCCGCACAUGGACGCAGUGGCAUGCCGCUGGCUUCGAUCUGCCAUAGCCAUGUAGGCGAGGCAGGAAUCAGUGUACCUGUGACUACGCUUCCAUGCAUAAGACAGCGUAACAUGUGCUUCGGGAUACCUAGUGUGAUGCGAACGAGCCAUUGAUUCAUCUCGUACGCUGUUAGAAGAGCAUUCGACAUGUGCUUACGUGGCUGGUGGCUGCCGUGAGAGACGCUUGACAGCUUGAACUUCCUUGUAACUUCAUGCUACGGU